CAAUAGUAUCAGCUUGGAUAAGUUUGGGGAAAUGUAGGUACGAGUAUGUAUCUAUGAUAGGUGUGAUAGGUAGUUGAAACAAUUUAUGACAUUUGGUUUGACUUACUAUUACAAAAUAUGUUAAGGCCUUUUGAUGAAUACUUCAUACUUAAUAGUUUUGACACGUUUUUGUCAUGAAUCCAUAAUUAGAAAUAAUUAGUAUACCUAUUCAUAAAUUAACCGUGCAUAGCGAAUGCUAAACUGAAGAAGUGAGAGUCACUUUUGUAGGUAUUUUUAUUUACUGAUUACUAGACCGUGAGUAUAAAAGUUGUGCGUCACAACACAACAUAACAGACACUUGAGGAAUUUAAGCGUGAUGGCGAAAAGAUUGCAUUAUUUUAACGUCAAUGGUUUUGCAGAAGCCAUUAGGUACAUUCUCCACUAUGGUGGGGAGAAGUUUGAAGACGUUAGAUAUGAAAAAUCUCAGUGGCCGAUUAAAAGUGUUAAGGAAUCUUUGCCUUACGGUCAGUUCCCUCUUUAUGAAGAAGGGGAUAAGAGCUUGAACCAAUCGUUAGCCAUCGCCCGCUACCUCGCCAGGAAGGCUGACCUUCUGCCUUCAGACCUUUGGCAACAGGCUGUCUUGGAUGCCAUCGUCUACAACAUCUCCGAUUUCUGGAACAAAACAAAGGCAAUUGUUUUCAUUGCGAAUGACCCUGAUGCGGAUAAGAAAGCAGCUGUCAAGAAAGAAAUCAUUACCAAUGUAGUCCCAUUCUACUUUAAAAGAUUUGAAGAGGACUUGAAAUCUAACAAUGGACACUUUGGUGGAAAGUUGACCUGGGCAGACUUCAUGCUAGUUGCUGCCAUUGAAAAAGCCAACUUGUUCCUUGAAGAAACCAUUGAGAAAGACUACCCUAACAUUGCGGCCCUGGUUAUGAAGAUUCAGUACUUACCUGGAGUCAAGGAGUACAUUGCAGCCAAAACGCCUUACGAAAUCUGAACAAAUUAUUCCAUGAUUUGUGUCUUUGCGCUCCAUUUAGGUGAUUUGGCUGUCAAAGAGCUACAGUAAGGCUAAGUUGCACCACCUAACUUUGACCGUAGCUAUAACGAUAACCAGUGCUUUUUGUAUGGAGUUUGACAGAUAUUUGACGUUUGUCAAAGUUAAAGUAAGAUGGUGCAACCCAGCCUAAGAGAUAGAUUUAUUAAGUCAUACAAUAUAACGCAAAUUAUUUGCGUUAAAGGCGGUUACACAUAAAUUACUUAGGUAUAGAAAUAUCUGCCUAGAUGUGCGUAUGACUAAUAUAAUCAAAGCUUCUAAGAAACUGCUGGUACGUCACAAUUAGUUACGUUAAUUUUUAGAAUUGUGACUAUAGCUGUAGA